AGUCGAUUGACAAAACAAGUGGGCUGUCAAAAAAAAAAUUCAAGUAAACACGAAUUUUAUUUUCACCUAAAAGAUUUUUGACUAUAGAAUAAAAUGUAAACGCUUCAGCCGUUAUAUAAAAAAACAAGCAAUGGCCCAAGGAGUUUUGAGCUCGGACAUUUCCAGGAGAAAUCCCCAGGACGAUUACGAACUGAUCCAGAGAAUUGGGAGUGGGACUUAUGGAGACGUUUACAAGGCAAAAAGACUGUCUCUAAAUGAAUUGGCCGCAAUUAAGGUUAUUAAAUUGGAAGCUGGGGACGAUUUUGGUAUUAUCGAGCAGGAGAUACUCAUGAUGAAAGAUUGCAGGCAUCCCAACAUAAUAGCUUAUUAUGGGAGCUACUUGAGACGCGAUAAACUAUGGAUUUGCAUGGAGUAUUGUGGCGGUGGCUCUUUACAAGAUAUCUAUCAUAAAUGUCUUUUGCAAAAGCCCGACGACGUUAUUGCCUUUGCGGCCGAUUAUUUCAAUAAGCUGGAGCAGGAAAGACAGUCCAAGAUCUCUCUGGAAGAGCCAAUUGAGGAAAUUGAAGAUUGUGCAACAGAUAGCUCAAGUGAAAAGGAAGAGGUCCAAGAUCGUGAAUCUAACAAUGGAUGGAUUAUGCCAGAAUAUGCUUAUAGUGGAUGAAUAAAAGUAUGCUUUUGAGAUGAA